AUAUUGUUAUGUACAAAAAAAGACAAAUGUGACAUCAUGAAAGAGGAAGUUGUUCUAAUUUUUUUUUAAGUGAAAUAUUGUAAUAAUAUCGUAAACCGUAAAAAAAAAAAAAGUAUACAAAAUGAUCUUGACGGACAAACACGGUUGUAGGUGAAUAAUAACAUUUGUACGCGCAUGUUCUGAUUUCGCCGAGUAACAGGCAUCACUGUGCUCAACAAGGGUGGAGACUUUACAUCAAACACUGGCUUUUAAUGACCAAAUACUGACCAAAUGCUUAGCUAAUUUUACCUGCCAAAAUUAGCUAAGCUAGUUCACUAAUUAAACACAGUAUUCCGCUAAUGUUAGCUAACCUAACAUAAAUGCUAGUGCUUCAGGUGUAAGUAGCUAGCAAAGCUUGCUAGGAAGCUAGCUAAAGUAAGGUAUCGCUUUUUCCUGAUCAGAUUGAGACACAGCCUUCGGUGUUAGCUAAAUAAAAUGCUACUCCUAGCUAGCUAGCUAACUUAACAGUAAAGCUAGCUCUUCUGCAGUGACCUUAGCAAUCUGACGUUACCUAGCUGCAUCAUUCUGUGUGAUUUGUGGCUUUCUGGCUUUAAUUUUGCAAUGUAAUACUUUAGCUAGCUCACUGUCAAAACACAGUGUUCUGCUAAUGUUUGCUAGUAAUCAUAGCUAUCUAAAAUUAAUCUGAUUGAGACACAGCUACAGAGCAAGUCAGUUAAGCUUGGCCUAGUUAGGCCUAGCUAUAUGGUGUCAAUUAUCUAGCCAAGCUUGCUAGGAAAUGUGCUAGCUAAUGUGAGGUAAAGCAUUAUAAUUUGCUAUUAGCAAUUUAGAUUGAGACACAGCUACCGGAGUUAGGUAGCUAAAGUAGCAAUCAUGCUAGCUCUUAUCCUGUAAGCCUAGCUAGCUGAUGUUUGCUAGCUAACUGGCUAAUUAAGUUAACAUUUAAGCUAGCACUUUAACAGUAAGUCUGGUUAUCUGAUGGUAAUUAUCUAUACAAGCUUGCUAGGAACCUAGCUAACAUGAGGUAAACAAUGGUUUGCUAUUGGCUGGUCAGAAGCUCCACCCCCUGUGAUGUCACUCUGUAAAAUCAGGACAUGACAAAUACUGAAGCUGAUUUAGAAUUGAUAUCCGUCUUCUUCUUCCUCUUCUUCUUCUUCUUCUUCUUCUUAUAUCUGUACAUUACUGAAGUCCCCGAUGUUGGGUGUCUGUCUUGUCUAAUGUUCUUAUAUGUAUAUAGAAUUAAAAUAAAUAAAGAAAUGUAAAUAUUCCAUAAAAUCAUCAUUUAAAAAAACACCAUCUAGAGAUUGAUUCAAAGAUGUAAGUGAAUA